AUAUUGUGUAGGUGAAAUCUACCAAUUAUAUGAAACAAUCCAUUUGAGUUUUGCAUCCAAUUGCUGAUUCUAUCAAAACCAAAAGAUCCGGGGAGUGUAUUUCGACAACUUCCUCCAAAGACUAGUCGAAGUAGAUGACCUAAACUAUGGAUCAACCACUAUUCAUGAGUUGAUAGUACUUCAAGUAUGAAUGAUAGUGGGAAUCUAGUAAAUCCAAGAGCAAGUCAAAAAAAAGAAGGAAUUCUCUUAAUCCGUAACCUUUGUUUUUCUUUCUCUUUCUUUUAUUUAUCACAUCUCCGCUCAAAAUCUUAUGUUGUAACUGUAGGGUGGCCUCAAAUCCUCACACAAUCAACCGCAUCAAAGACUUUGCGACUAGAUUAAACCUUCACCUCAUCUGUUUGGUAGAAACCAAAGCUGACGUUUCUAGGACUCAACUUUUGCAAAAUUUUCCAAAAGAAAUGGGAAUGGGCUGCCAACCUUGCGUCAAGUCUCUCAAGUGAAAACUCCAAGAAUCAAGCGAGACAGGGACAAGUAUUGAAGAGCCUUGUAUCCGAAUAGGGAAGGAGAAAGUGGGGUUCAAUAAUCGAGAAAGGGAGACAAAUUGGAAUAAUCACAGAAGAAUUAACGAAAGUUGGUGGACUCCUAAAUCUGUUAUCUUCAAGCCCUGCUAGGACAAUCGAAUGAGUGCACGCUCGGGAGCUGCAUUGGGGAAUCAUGGGCGGCGUGAUUGGAGAUGGUUUUCAGGAGCUGCGAAGAGACGCAACGCUAGCGAGGGCUUUCGGGAAGGGAUGGCAACGAAGCAGCCACAGACUGUCUACUUCUCCUUGGUCUUUCUUUUCUGUCAUCUCCUCCUAAGACGGUGCGAUGGGCAGCAAGCAUACCUGAACAACGACCAACUGGAUUGCAACAAAAACGGCUCCAACACACUCGGCUACCAGUGCAACGGCGCUGCCAAAUCGUGUGACAGCUACCUCAUUUUCCGAUCUCAGCCCCCAUACCAGUCACCUGUGCAGAUCGCAUCUCUCUUCUCAUCCAACACGAGCGCCAUCUCCGCCAUCAAUGAUAUCCCUGAGAACUCCUCCGCCCUCGAUGGUUCCCAACUCAUUGUACCCAUCCCUUGCUCAUGCUCCUCCAGUUACUACCAGCACAACGUGUCCUACACCCUCAAACCCCAGGAUCUCUAUUUCUCUGUGGCCAACAACACCUACCAGGGUCUCUCCACCUGCCAAGCCCUCAUCGCUCAGAACCCGUCCCUCCCGGCCACCAGCCUUAACCCCGGAGACAUAAUCACCGUCCCCUUGAGAUGCGCCUGCCCCACCAGAAGCCAGAUCAACCAAGGCGUCCGAUUCCUGCUCACCUACACCCCAGUCUUUGGCGAAGAUGUCCCAACCCUCGCCUCCAGAUUCAACGUCACAGCUGACUCCAUUGUUAAUGCCAACACCCUACCAACCGGUGACACCAUAUUCCCUUACACCAGCCUUCUCAUCCCUCUCCCAGCCUCUCCCUCCAAGGCACAGACCAUCACCCCUCCUCCUCCCCCUGCCACGCCUCCGCCGCCUCCGCCGCCUCCUACUCCUGCAUCGGGUGGAGGUGGCGAUGGCAGUUCUGACAACAAGGGUCUGUAUAUCGGGGUCUCCAUUGGGGCGGCUGCUAUUCUGAUCCUGUGUGGCGUUGUAAUCUGGUUUGUGUGCCGGGGUAGACGGCGUCGAUCCGAGCCGUCAUCUUUCCAAGAUAGCAAGGAAGGGUCUGCUGGGCACGGUGUGUUGUCCACCAAGAGCUCGACGGCACCUGGGAUAGGUGGAAUAGGUGUGUCUGACGAGAUCCGCAUCGCCAUCGAGUCGCUGACCGUAUACAAGUUCCGAGAGUUGAACGAAGCGACUGGAUCUUUCCGGGAAGAGCACAAGAUCAAGGGUUCCGUGUAUCGGGGGGUGAUCAAUGGGGAUGAGGCAGCCAUUAAGCAGCUCAAAGGGGAUGUCUCCAAUGAGAUCACCAUUCUUAAGCAGAUCAACCAUUCCAACGUGAUCAGGUUGUCUGGUUUCUGCGUGCACGAGGGCAACACUUUCUUGGUUUACGAGUUUGCGCGAAAUGGCUCGCUCGCCGACUGGCUCCAUCACAGCAACAAGGACAAGGACGACAACAGCAAGUACCCUCCUUCUGAUCCUUGUUCAUGUCUUAGCUGGAAGCAAAGGGUCCAGAUCGCCUGCGGUGUCGCAGAUGGGCUAAGUUAUCUUCACAACUACGCCAAUCCCCAGUACGUUCACAAGGACUUGAGAAGCAGCAAUAUCCUCCUAGAUGGUGAGUUCACAGCCAAGAUUGCGAAUUUCGGCCUGGCGAGGUCAGUGGAGAGGAGGGAAGCACUUCAGCUCACCAGACAUGUCACUGGUACACAAGGGUACAUGGCACCGGAAUACCUCGAGCAUGGUCUCAUCAGCCCCAAGCUGGAUGUUUUCUCCUUUGGCGUUGUGCUGCUGGAGAUAUUAUCAGGGAAGGAGGCGGUGUCCCUAAGGGAAAAGGAGGGUGGUGAGGAGAAGGAACAAGUGCUCUUGUCGGCGCGGAUAGGACCAAUGCUCAGCGCAGAAAAUGUGCAGAGUGAGCUGAGAGAUUUUAUAGACCCUUGUCUUGCGGACGAGUACCCAUUCGAUUUAGCCUAUGCCAUGGCUCAGCUGGCUAUGCGCUGUGUGGCUCGCGACCCGUCUUCCCGACCAGACAUGACCGAGGUUCUUGUGACGCUGUCAGCUAUCUAUCACUCUACUUUGGACUGGGAUCCAUAAGAGGCUCCGCUCUCUGGUUCUGUGCUGUGAUUCAUGCACUGUGAGCCAAUUGAACAGUAUACACUCUGUAUCCUCAUCACACUAAUUACGUACAUGUCUGAGCGCCAAAAAUAAAAACGUAGCCAGAUUAGUCUUAA